AUGCUGCAGGAGAAAACUAUUAGGGAUGCGGAUGGAAGAGAAUCACUUGGGUUCAACAAGGGCCCGUCCUACGGGCUCUCGGCCGAGGUCAGGAACCGGCUCCUGUCCAAAUAUGACCCCCAGAAGGAAGCAGAGCUCCGCAGCUGGAUUGAAGGACUCACGGGCCUCUCCAUUGGCCCCGACUUCCAGAAGGGCCUGAAAGACGGGGCCAUCUUGUGCACACUCAUGAACAUCCUCCAGCCAGGCUCCGUCCCCAAGAUCAACCGCUCUAUGCAGAACUGGCACCAGCUAGAAAACCUCUCCAACUUCAUCAAGGCCAUGGUCGGUUAUGGCAUGAACCCUGUGGACCUGUUUGAGGCCAAUGACCUGUUUGAGAGCGGGAACAUGACGCAGGUGCAAGUGUCUCUGCUUGCGCUGGCGGGAAAGGCCAAGACCAAGGGGCUGCAGAGUGGUGUGGACAUCGGGGUCAAAUACUCGGAGAAACAGGAGAGGAACUUUGAUGAUGCCACCAUGAAGGCCGGCCAGUGCGUCAUUGGGCUGCAGAUGGGCACCAACAAAUGUGCCAGCCAGUCUGGCAUGACGGCCUAUGGUACCCGACGACACCUCUAUGACCCCAAGAACCACAUCCUGCCUCCCAUGGAUCAUUGCACCAUCAGCCUCCAGAUGGGCACCAAUAAGUGUGCCAGUCAGGUUGGCAUGACGGCUCCAGGGACCCGGAGGCACAUCUAUGACACCAAGCUGGGCACCGACAAGUGUGACAACUCCUCCAUGUCUCUGCAGAUGGGUUACACGCAGGGCGCCAACCAGAGCGGCCAGGUCUUCGGGCUGGGGCGGCAGAUAUAUGACCCCAAGUAUUGCCCACAGGGCCCAGCAGCUGAUGGAGCACCCGUCGGGGGUGACAGCCAUGGCGAGGGCCCUGAGUACCUGGCAUACUGCCAGGAGGAGGCGGGCUACUGAACACCCAAGGGUGCUGGCUCCCCACGUCAGCACCCUGUGUGGGCUUUUCUUUGUUUUAUGUGCUUUCAUUGUGUUGUUUUGUUUUUUGAAACUGGGCCUCACUUUGUGGCCCUCUCUUGCCUGGAACUCACUGCAG